GCGAGCGAGCGGCGAUGCUGCGCGUGUCCCCAGCGCACUCGUGCGUGAAGAUGGAGGAGCAGGAGAGCGCCGAGUGGGGAGGAUUUUACGCGAACCACGCGGAGGCCUACCCAACCAUCGGAAGCAUGGGGGCCAUGACGUCCUUCAACUCCUACAUGGCCAUGAACACCGCCGCCGGACUGGUCACCCCUCCGCCCUGCUACGGCGGGGGUGCAGCCGGAGUCUCCCACGGGGGCACCUUCACGACGGGCGGCCCCCCGCAGAGUCUCAGAAGCCCCAGCCCCCUCGGCUCGGGGGUGCAGGGCUCUCCUCCCGGCGGCUCGCUCGGAGGGCUGCAGGCCGGCCACUACUCGGCCAUCAAGAACGGGGGGCCCUACGGCCUUCACAGCGGUGGCCUCGGUGGCCUCGGCGGCGGAGGCGGCACUCUGGGAAUUCGGACCUCGCGCGAAUCUAAGCCGCCUUACAGGAGCAGCUACGCGCACGCAAAGCCGCCGUACUCGUACAUCUCGCUCAUCACCAUGGCCAUCCAGCAGUCGAGCGGCAAGAUGCUGACGCUGUGCGAGAUCUACCAGUGGAUCACCGACCUGUUCCCCUUCUACCGGCAGAACCAGCAGCGCUGGCAGAACUCCAUCCGCCACUCGCUCUCGUUCAACGACUGCUUCAUCAAGGUGCCGCGCUCGCCCGACAAGCCGGGCAAGGGCUCCUUCUGGGCCCUCCACCCGGACUCGGGCAACAUGUUCGAGAACGGCUGCUACCUGCGGCGGCAGAAGAGGUUCAAGUGUCACAAGAAGGCCCCGGGCAACGGUCUCGCCGGGGCUGCGGCCGCGACGAAGGGCGAGAGGCGGCAGCACGCGGCGAGGGAUGAGCACAGGGAGCGGGAGGGGGAGGAGGGGGAGGAGCGGGAGGAGGAGGAAAGCGCCGUGGCCGUGACCGUGGCGAGGCGCGCGGACGUCAAAGGAUCGACGCAAUCGUCGUCGUCGUCAUCGUCUGCGUCGGCGACUUACCGCAACGCGCCUGCUUUGUCGGAACAGCAGCUGUGCAUGAAUGGAGGCGACAGGUCCAAUCAUCAUCACCACCAGCAGUUGCAGCAGCAGCAGCAGGAUGCAGCACAUCACGGCCAUCACAACCACCACGGUCACCACCACAACCACAAUCACCACCAUCACCACAACCAUCAUCACCACGCCCUGCAAAACCAAGACGCGCUCAAAAUCGACCCGCGCUGCAACUUCACCCACCCAUUCUCCAUCCACAGCCUCAUGUCUGCGGCUGAGCAGCAGCAGCAUCAUCAUCAUCAGCAGCAUCAUCAUCAGCAGCAACAGCACCAUCAUCAUGAGCACAUCGACAACCCUCGCUACUCGGCGUUCGGAGCCCUGGCCGCGUGCAGCUCUGUCGAGGCGACUCACGCAAAGGAUCCCGUCUCGCCGCUCAGCGCCAACGAAGCCACCUACUACUGCUCGCAGGGCCUCUAUCAGCGAGCCACCAUCCUACACUCGUCAUAA